AUGGCCCCGGAUAACUAUGACGAAACUCCACGCAUACUCUCCAUGGAAGUAGACAUCGACGAUGAGAAUGAUAGUGAAUAUCGUGUCCAGGCUGGUCCUUUGGUCAAGUACAUCACCAUAGCACCCGGCACUCUUCAGCGUGAUCUGCUUUCUUUCCCUCUAGCCUCUUUACCGCGAUUACCAUACAAAGAUCCCUCAUGGAAUUCGGCACGUAUACAUCGAGAUAGAAAGUCGGGAGAAAUCAGGACCGAGCUGUCCAGCAAGAUACUAGCGGCCGUGACGAACAUCUGGCACGCUGCUACUCACGAUGUCACGAUCUUACAGAGGACGAAGCGGCUGAGUGCUGCAGCUUUUGAGACGAUACUGCUAGCAAUGACACCAGUGACUGCUAUUGAAGGCUCUAUCGCAAGGUUCGAAUGGGAGAUUCCAAGCAUCGAGCGGGAGACCAGAGCUUACCAGCUCUUGCACCAAAGCCAAGAGUCUGGUAUUGCUCCUCGGUUUCUUGGACAUGUUCACGAAGGAACUCGUGUGAUGGGAUUCGUCCUUGAGAAGAUGGGUGGGCGGCAACCUGCCUCCAUUGACAAGCUACACGAGUGUGAAAUGGUCCUCAAAAGGUUCCACGCCCUUGGCUUGCUUCAUGGAGACGUCAAUCGAUAUAACUUCCUCGUGGGAAAGGACAACGUCAAGAUUGUCGAUUUCGAGCAUACAGUGGAAGGUGCCACAGCGGAACUCCAGGCCCAGGAGCUUGCAACUUUGCGUUCUGAACUCAACGAGCAGUCUGGGCGCGGCGGCGGUUUUUUACCUGCCGUGGACGGUGAAUGA